GGUCAGGGCCGGUGAUGUGAGGGGUAGAAGUACAAGAGAACUCCAAUGAGCACCACUGUGAGAAGAGUCCAGCUUUCAGAGACUCCAUCUCCAAGAACUCCUUACAGGAGUGUGUGUUGGGGACUCUGCCACUGAAGUUGCCUCCAUGGAUCCUGCUUCUGUCUCACCCAGCAGCAGCUGCUCCAGUGCCUGGCUUCUUGUGCUGCUGGGGACACUGGGGACAGCUCUGCUCGGGGCAGCUCACAGACUGGGGCUGAUCUACCAGCUCUGGCAUAAGGCAGAGCCGAAGAGUACCCGGCACGGUGGGGAGCUUGUUGCAGAGGUCCUGAAGGCCCAUGGGGUGCGUUACUUGUUCACGCUGGUAGGAGGCCACAUCUCGCCCAUCCUGGUGGCCAGCGAGAAGCUGGGCAUCCGCGUGGUGGACACAAGACACGAGGCCACAGCUGUGUUUGCUGCCGAUGCAGUCGCCAGGCUCUCAGGGACAGUCGGAGUUGCCGCGGUAACAGCGGGACCUGGGGUAACCAACACCGUGACGGCUGUAAAGAAUGCCCAGAUGGCCGAAUCCCCAGUGUUGCUGAUUGGCGGGGCAGCUGCCACACUGCAGAAGGGCCGGGGUGCUCUCCAGGACAUUGACCAGCUGUGCCUCUUCAAGCCACUCUGCAAGUUCUGUGCGUCAGUGAGGACUGUGCGGGACAUCGUCCCCACACUGCGAAGGGCCAUGGCGGCAGCACAGUCCGGCACCCCAGGCCCUGUGUUUGUGGAGUUCCCGAUUGAUGUGCUCUACCCAUACUACUUGGUGGAGAAGGAGCUGGGCUUCAAAGAGACCCCUAGAGGGCUGCUGGGUGGAGUCAUCAACUGGUACCUGGGCAACCACCUCAGAAACCUGUAUGCAGGGGCCUGGGAGACAAGGGACUUUUCCCCCCUUCCUGUGCAGGUGCCACAGGCCACAGCAGAGCAGGUGCAGCAGUGUGUGGAGCUGGUCAGCCGUGCCAAGAAGCCUGUUAUGCUCCUGGGCAGCCAGGUGACCCUGCCCCCGACGCCUGUGGAGAAGCUCAGGGAAGCCCUGGAGGCCCUCGGCAUCCCUUGCUUCCUGGGUGGGAUGGCCCGGGGCAUGCUGGGAAGGAACAGCCCACUACAUAUCCGCCAAAACCGUCGAGAGGUGCUGAAGGAGGCUGACCUGGUCAUUCUGGCAGGUCUGUGGAAGGCAGCAUGGGAACUGGCCUGGAGGGUGUCGCACCUUGGGGCCACUGGACUUGGGAGUGACAGGGAGCUGGGAUGGCACGUCAGUGGAGCGGGUUGUGGGGCAGGGCUGGGGGUUAGAGAUGGGGUGUUGUGGGGCUGA